CUUUUUGAGCGUCGAGCCGCCGGAAGUGGGUGCAGUAACACGUCAUCCUGUAGCGUACCUAGGAGGACCGGCGGAGUUCCACCCACCGGGCUGCUGUUUCGACCUUAACCCGGUUUCUACCUUUUAAUGUUGAACAGUGCGCUGCGGUAGUACUCGGACUAAGACGGAUCUUACUAAAGCUCAGGGAUGACGACCUACCAGGAGUUCAUCCAGCAGAAUGAGGACCGGGACGGGGUGCGCUUCAGCUGGAACCUGUGGCCCUCCAGCCGCCUGGAGGCCACCCGGCUGGUGGUGCCGGUGUCCUGCCUCUUCACGCCCCUCAAGGAGCGCCCCGACCUGCCCCCCGUGCAGUACGAACCCGUCAUGUGCGGCCGGGCCAACUGCAAGGCGGUGCUGAACCCGCUGUGUCAAGUCGACUUCAGAGCUAAAAUAUGGGCGUGCAACUUCUGCUUCCAAAGAAACCCAUUCCCGCCCUCUUACGCUGGGAUCUCCGAUGUCAACCAACCAGCCGAGCUCAUGCCCCAGUUCUCCACCAUCGAGUACGUCGUACAGCGCGGGCCGGUGUCUCCUCUGAUCUUCCUGUACGUGGUGGACACCUGCCUGGAGGAGGAGGACCUCCAGGCGCUCCGGGAGUCGCUGCAGAUGUCCCUCUCCCUGCUGCCGCCCAACGCCCUGGUGGGGCUCAUCACCUUCGGCCGCAUGGUGCAGGUGCACGAGCUGAGCUGCGAGGGCAUCGCCAAGAGCUACGUGUUCCGCGGCACCAAGGAGCUGUCCGCCAAGCAGAUCCAGGAGAUGUUGGGUCUGUUGAAGCCGGCGGUCUCGGGCCAGCAGGGCCGACCUGCUGCCCCCCAGGACCCCUCAGCCACCUGCAGGUUCCUCCAGCCCGUGCACCGCGUGGACAUGAACCUCACCGACCUGCUGGGGGAGCUCCAGAGGGACCCCUGGCCCGUCCCCCAGGGCAAGAGGCCCCUGCGGUCCACCGGCGUGGCGCUGUCCGUGGCCGUCGGCCUGCUGGAGGGUGCCUUCCCCAACACGGGGGCGCGCGUGAUGCUGUUCACCGGGGGGCCCCCCACCCAGGGGCCCGGCAUGGUGGUGGGCGACGAGCUCAAGACCCCCAUCCGAUCCUGGCACGACAUCCAGAAGGACAACGCGCGCCACCUCAAGAAGAGCUCCAAGUAUUACGACACCCUGGCCAAUCGCACGGCCGUCAACGGCCACAGCAUCGACAUCUACGCCUGCGCCCUCGACCAGACCGGCCUGCUGGAGAUGAAGUGUUUAUCCAACCUGACGGGGGGCCACAUCGUGAUGGGGGACUCCUUCAACACCUCCCUCUUCAAGCAGACCUUCCAGAGGGUCUUCAGCAAGGACUACAGCGGGGAGUUCCGCAUGGCCUUCGGGGGGACCAUGGAGGUCAAGACGUCACGUGAGCUGAAGGUGUGCGGGGCCAUCGGGCCCUGCGUCUCUCUCGGCGCUAAGGGCCCCAGCGUCUCUGAGAACGAGAUGGGCGUGGGCGGGACCAGUCAGUGGAAGGUGUGCAGCCUGAACCCCUCCACCACGCUCGCCAUGUUCUUCGAGGUGGUGAGUCAGCACAACGCACCCGUCCCCCAGGGCGGCCGCGGGGCCAUCCAGUUCGUCACCCAGUACCAACACUCCAGCACCCAGCGGCGGAUCCGCGUGACGACCGUCGCUAGGAACUGGGCCGACGCCCAGUCGCAGAUCCAGCACAUCGAGUCGUCCUUCGACCAGGAGGCCUCGGCCGUGAUCAUGGCCCGCCUGGGCGUGUUCAGGGCGGAGUCGGAGGAGGGGCCUGACGUCCUCCGCUGGCUGGACAGGCAGCUCAUCCGCCUGUGUCAGAAGUUUGGCCAGUUCAACAAAGACGACCCCACCUCCUUCAAGCUGUCGGAGUCCCUGUCCCUGUACCCGCAGUUCAUGUUCCACCUGCGGCGGUCCCCGUUCCUCCAAGUGUUCAACAACAGCCCGGACGAGUCGUCGUACUACCGCCACCACUUUGUGCGCCAGGACCUGACCCAGUCCCUCAUCAUGGUGCAGCCCAUGCUGUACUCGUACUCCUUCCACGGGCCACCAGAGCCGGUGCUGCUGGACAGCAGCAGUAUCCUGCCGGACCGCAUCCUCCUCAUGGACACCUUCUUCCAGCUGGUCAUCUACCACGGAGAGACCAUCGCCCAGUGGCGUAAGGCGGGCUACCAGGAGAUGGCCGAGUACGAGAACUUCAAGCAGCUGCUGCAGGCGCCCCUGGACGACGCGCAGGAGAUCCUGCAGACGCGCUUCCCGAUGCCGCGCUACGUGGACACGGAGCACGGCGGCUCCCAGGCUCGCUUCCUGCUGUCCAAGGUCAACCCCUCGCAGACCCACAACAACAGCAACGGCUGGACGCAGGAGCCGGGGGCGCCCAUCCUCACCGACGACGUCAGCCUGCAGGUCUUCAUGGACCACCUCAAGAAGCUGGCCGUCUCCAGCUCCACUUAGACCGGCCUAGACCCAGCUCAGUCUAGACCCAGCUCAGCUAAGACCAACCUAGACCCAGCUCAGCCUAGACCCAGCUCAGUCUAGACCCAAGGCCCAUCGAUGAGGAGCCACGACGCAUGCACCAACGAUUGAAUGAUGGAGAAGCCGUAACUAGAUUCCCGCUUACAUUUCCCUUCUCUGAAGCUGAAGGACUCCGACCGCAGUGAGAGUUAACUUUAACAUGUCGACUGAUCUAUAGGUGUUCCUUACGUUGAUCCCCUGUCCUAUGAAGAAGUCUAUCCAUGUUUUUUUUCCUUUCUCAUGAAUGAAUGGUCGAUUAACUGAGACGCAUUUCCUGUGUGGCGUCACUGGUGAAAACAGUUAAUUUGACAGAUCUGUAUUUAAGUAAUUUUACAAAUACAUAAUAAAUGUUUUCUGAGAAAAUUCCCUUUGAAUGAUCAAGAAUACGGUUGUGAUGAUAAAGUCUAUUCUGGUGCUUAUAACUGUGGAUGUAGGCGGGGUUUCGAUGAAGAGCGAUCAUUGUUUGUGUAUUCUGUGUUUUCUAACCCUUAUCUCGUCCGUUUCUGCAAACCUCGCCCGGGGGUUUGUACCCACCGACUGCCCCAUAUCUCACUGUCUCCUGUGAUUGUAAUUAAACAUUUUAAUAUACUGUAUAAAUGGGACUUUUAACCAAUGUUCAA